CUCUCUCGUCCUCUUGGCGUCGCCUGCAGUAGGCAAUAGGCAGGCAGGCUCCUCCCCCUCCCUCUUCCCUCCCUCCGUCCCUCCUCCUUCCCCCCGUCAUGGGCACCACGUACAAGUGCUGCCUCAUCUUCAAGCGCCGCUUCCACUCCCGGGACGCGCCCCCGCCCGACGACGUCCGCGCCCUCUUCUCCCUCCACUCCGGCGGCGGGCCCCACAUGGGCGCCGACGGCCUCCGCCGCUACCUCCACGCCUCGGGCCAUGAGGACGCCCUGGACGACGCCGAGGUGGACCGCCUGCUCGACCAGAUCCGCCUCCAGCAGCAGGGCCGCGCCCGCCUCCCGCGCCUCGCCCGACCGCUGCUCGCCCUCGACGACUUCCACCGCUACCUCUUCUCCCACGACCUCAACCCGCCCAUCCGCCACCCGCAGGUGCACCACGACAUGUCCCGCCCGCUAUCCCACUACUUCAUCUACACGGGCCACAACUCCUACCUCACCGGCAACCAGCUCAGCAGCGACUGCAGCGACGUCCCCAUCAUCAAGGCGCUGCAGAGAGGGGUCAGGGUCAUCGAGCUGGACAUGUGGCCAAAUUCAACAAAGGACGACAUCAACAUCCUACACGGCAGGACCUUGACCACCCCGGUUUCACUGAUCAAAUGCUUGAGAUCCAUCAAAGAAUAUGCAUUUGUUGCGUCCCCCUAUCCUGUCAUCAUAACGCUCGAAGACCACCUUCCUGCUGACCUCCAGGAAAAAGUUGCCAAGAUGGUUCUUCAAGUAUUUGGCAACAUACUGUACUAUCCUGACACCGAUCAACUCAAAGAAUUCCCAUCACCCGAAGAGCUCAAGGGUCGUGUCCUCCUCUCGACAAAGCCCCCCAAAGAGUACCUUGAAGCCAAGGUUGGUACCAUGAAUGAGGGUGAUGCUGACCUCCAUCUUGGCAAAGGAGCCGGUGAUGAUGCCGCGUGGGGAAAAGAAGUACCGGAUUUUCAUACCGAGAUCAAGUUUGCUAAAAAGCAUGAUGAUGAUGUCUCAGAAUACCAAAGAGACGACGAAGAUGAGAACGAUGACGAUGACGAUGACGAGGAGGAACAGAAAAUGCAGCCACAUAUUGCUCCACAGUAUAAACACCUUAUUACUAUUAGAGCAGGGAAGCCAAAAGGCUCUCUAGCUGAUGCCUUGAAGAGUGAUCCAGAUAAAGUUAGGCGCCUCAGUCUGAGCGAGCAACAACUUGCCAAAGUGGCAGAGGAUCAUGGCACUGAAAUUGUGAGGUUCACACAGAGAAACAUACUAAGGAUAUACCCGAAGGGCACUCGCGUCACUUCAUCCAACUACAAUCCAUUUCUUGGUUGGGUGCAUGGUGCUCAAAUGGUGGCCUUCAAUAUGCAGGGAUACGGAAGAGCGCUUUGGCUAAUGCAUGGAUUUUAUAAAGCCAAUGGUGGGUGUGGCUAUGUGAAGAAACCAGAUUUCUUGAUGCAAACAGAACCAGAAGUCUUUAACCCAAGGGAACCCCAGCCUGUGAAGAAAACCUUGAAGGUCAAGGUGUACAUGGGUGAUGGGUGGCGGAUGGACUUUAAGCAGACACACUUUGAUCAGUAUUCUCCUCCAGAUUUCUAUGCACGGGUUGGCAUAGCUGGAGUCCCAGCAGACUCGGUGAUGAAGAAGACAAAGGCGAUCGAGGAUAACUGGGUGCCAGUAUGGGAGGAAGAGUUCAGCUUCCCCCUGACCGUCCCGGAGAUUGCUCUGCUGCGGGUGGAGGUGCACGAGUACGACAUGUCGGAGAAGGACGACUUCGGCGGGCAGACGGUUCUGCCAGUGUCGGAGCUGCGGCCAGGGAUCCGAGCGGUGGCACUCUUCGACCGCAAAGGGAACAAGUACAACCACGUGAAGCUUCUCAUGCGCUUCGAGUUUGUCUAGUCCGAGUGAGUGAGCCGACGAUUGCAUUGAUCAAUAUCGCAGGUGUGAGCCCGUGUCCCUUUCCUGUAUGUAUAUGUUAGUUCUAAUAUGCAAAAAUAUAUUCUAGAUGUAUAUGCUUGUGUGAAUAUGGCAGUUUGGUGAGCUGUUUCAUGGUUUCCUUGUGUAUAGAUUGGAUUGGAAUUGGAUGAUGUAAGUCUUGCUCUGUAACAUGUUAUUCUACAAUAAUAAAAAUAACAAGGCAUAGUGCUUACAGCAUGCUGCCUUCUUCCGGAUUGUAUGGAUA